GGGAGGGGGUUAUAGUUGGGUCUUGGGGGAGGUAAUCCUCAGGGGGUUAGGGGGCGUAGAGACAACCGCACGCGGAACCUCGACAUGGUCGCGCCUUGCCGGGCCCGGGGCAUCUUGGGAUUUUACGGCCUCAUGGCAGCCGCGGCUUCAGCCCUGGCUGGCACAUGUGAUUCUGGGCGUAGCCAUUGGAGGUUGCAUCGUGGCCCAGAGGAGCUGAGGGUAAGUUGGCACGCACUGGCACGGUUGGUAACCGAAUGGUGUGUGAGAUCACCCGUCCAUAGGGAUCGGCCGCACUUGCUAUGCGAGGGACCAAGAAGGCAACUGAGUAGCUUUCUUACUUGCUGCAUGCAACGACGUUGGGAGAAUCCGUGAUGCCAAGUCGGCAGUCCUGCUCAAGGGGGAAAUUGUCCGGCUGCGCGAUGUCACUCCCCGCGAAUCCACCGUUGCUUCCCAGCCAGCGGUAGAGAAGCGCGGGGAAAUACAAACGAAUGAGACCGAGCUC